CUUGUGAAAGUUCCAUUCCCUUGUUGCUUUGUGUCUCAGGGUUCUAAUUCAUUGUUACAUUGUAGCCUCGGGAUUCUAUUCCAUUGAUACAUUGUGUCUCGGGAUUCUUUUCCAUUGUUACAUUUGUGUGUUCGAGUUCCAAGCACCGGGGGACUCUCCUGAUGAAAGGCGGAGGUGGGAUGGAAGAGGACACCGAACAAGAGACCCAGGGCUGGUUCUCCAGCUGGUUCCCUGUUUGGUGCCCCACCUCCAUGGCCCAGCUGAAGACAGUUGAGGGGCGAAUCCUGGCAGGUAUCAAGACACGGUUCGAGUCUCGCUACGUCUCGUUGCCAAGCAACCACCGGAUCUGGACGUUGGCGCUGAGCCCCGAGACCCUGGCCCGGAGGACGCCCCUGGUGCUGGUUCACGGCUUUGGGGGGGGCCUGGGGCUCUGGGUGCAGAACCUGGAGCCCCUGAGCCGCCGACAGCCAGUCUACGCCUUCGACCUGCUGGGCUUUGGCCGGAGCUCGCGUCCCCCCUUCCCCGGGGAUCCCGAGGCCGUGGAGGCUGAAUUUGUGAGCUCCAUCGAGGAGUGGAGGGCCCAGCUGGGCCUGCCCAGCAUGAUCCUGCUGGGCCACAGCCUCGGAGGCUUUCUGGCCGCCAGUUACACCAUCAAACACCCUGAGAGAGUGAAACAUCUCAUCCUUGUCGAUCCCUGGGGUUUCCCCGAGCGACCAGCCGACCUAUCAGAGAGCUGGAAGCCACCAAUGUGGGUGAAAGCUGCUGCCACCAUUCUGGGUCGUUUCAACUUUCUGGCUGUGCUGAGGGCAGCGGGACCCUGGGGCCCUUCCCUCGUCCAGCGCUUUCGACCGGACCUCAAGCAGAAGUACGAGAGGUUCUUCCAGGAUGACACGAUAUUAGAGUAUGUUUAUCACUGCAAUGCUCAGAGCCCGAGUGGUGAAGCAGCUUUCAAGGUGCUGUCAGAGUCCUUCGGUUGGGCCAAGCGACCAAUGCUGGGGAGGAUCCACUUGAUCCCGAAGGAGAUCCCCAUCACCAUGAUCUAUGGAUCGCGCUCCUGGAUUGAGCCGAGCAGUGGAGAGAAGGUGAAGUGCGUGCGACCGGAGUCGUAUGUUCGGACCAUGGCGAUUGAGGGAGCCUCUCACCACGUCUAUGCCGACAAGCCAGAAGAGUUCAACGCAGCCAUCGUGGAGAUCUGUGACUCGGUACCCAAUGGCUCCUCACCCCGGUGUACCCCCACCGCCACCCUUCGGCCCUCCUCCUCCUCCUCCUCCUGCCCCAUGCCCGCAGCUCUUCCCCACACUCCAGCGCACACACCUCCGCUGUCAGACUCUGCCUUGGAAUAAAAUAAAGUCUUGUGUCUACGCCA